GCGAAAGAAGGCGCAGGGGGAGGCUGUACCGGCGGCCUCUGGCUGAAGCGACCAAUGGACUUUCAAUGAGUACUUGAUGGAAGAUGGCAUCUGGGCUGACAGAAGAACACAAAAGGAGGAUUGAGGAAAACAGGCAGAAGGCUUUGGCAAGGAGAGCAGAGCGACUGGCAGCUCAGCAGGGUGUUGCUGCUAAGAAGUUGCCUGACUGGAACAGUUUUAAAAGCUGUCAAGGAAAUUUGCAACCGCCUUUGGAGAGAGAGAACCAUCAUACCAGGCUUGGUUGUCAUCACCUCCAGGGCUCCAGCAACCAUGGUGUACAGGAGAGCCUUCAAAUGGAGGCAGCAGCCAUGUUGUAUAGUGUGCAACAGAAGAAUUAUCCAGAGGGCUCCAGUCAAGAUUUAGUUAGUUGCACUAACUGGUCCGCAUCAGUGAUGCAGGAUUCCUUGAGUUACCCUCAUUCACAUUCUUCACAUCUGCAUUCUCAAGAACAAAGUCAACCACUUUCUCAUUCUAAUUUGUUACAACCACCUAAAUAUUGUACAGAGGCCCCUAACCUUGCAGAACAGUGUCAUUCUAGGCUUGGUGGUAAUGGAGAAUUUGAGAGUACUAAAGAUCUGCGAACCCUGAACGCAUCCGCCAAUGGAUGCGAUGGCUUCAAACAUGUUUUACUGUUGAAUACCACCACCAGUACUACAGAUGGUUGUGAACAGCUGGGACAUGCUAGAAAUCCAGACUCUGAAAAAGAAGGUAGUAGCACAUUGCAGUUCUAUGGUAUGAGCAAUCGUUUGGGGGCUGGAGGACGGAACUCAGCAGUAGCUGGGACUGCAGGAAACUUGGCAACACCUGUACAAAGAAAAGCUCACAGCAUCCUCAAAGGGAAAUGUGUGAAGCACUCUGAAGACCGAUUUCAGGUUAACAUAGGGUACAAUGCCGAACUUAUUGAAAUGUUCAGAAGCACACCGAGCAAAAAAUAUGAUCCUGCAACAAAGAUGUGGAAUUUCAGUCUAGAAGAUUACAGCCAACUCAUGGAAGCAGUGAAGCAAAUUCCCUCUGUUACUUUGUUGCCCCUGGAAGGAGUGGAGGCAGCUCCCAAGACUUCUGUGCCGUCUUCAGUUUCUGAAGGUCCUCACUUGAGAUCCCUCUUGGAGACGUGCACCGGUUGGAAGAAACGAUCCACCUCUGUCAGAGGGAAAUGUGUACUGAUAUCAUGUUCUCGAUUUGAAGUAGAUAUUGGCUAUGCUGCUAGCCUUAUAGGAGCGUUCAAGCAGGUGAAUUCUAGAAGUUAUGACAUGAAGACUAGAAAAUGGAGUUUCCUUCUGGAGGACUACCUUAGUCUAAUUGAAAUGGUAAAAGGUCUUCCAGAUGUGGAGGUAGAGCCACUUCCCAAGCCGAUAAUAGAGACCUUUGCUGCUCAGUUCAAGAAGUCAUUUCCAAAGACCGCAGACAUCCCUGAAGCAGAUCUUUCAGGCGUGGAUCCUAAAGUUGUGACAAGCCUGAUGCCAUUUCAGAGAGAAGGUGUGAAUUUUGCCAUUUCCCGAGAAGGCCGCUUGCUCCUUGCUGAUGACAUGGGCCUCGGGAAAACGAUCCAGGCAAUCUGCAUUGCUGCAUAUUAUCGGAAGGAAUGGCCGCUGUUGGUGAUAGCCCCUUCUUCUGUGAGAUUUACCUGGGCAGAGGCUUUCCGCAGGUGGCUUCCUUCCAUGAGUCCUGAUAGCAUCAGUGUCAUAGCAACAAGCAAGGAUUGUCUGUUGGCAAGAUUGAUAAAUGUUGUCAGUUUUGACCUUCUUAGCAAGAUGGAGAAGCAGCUCAGAACCACCGUGCAAGUUGUGAUUGUUGAUGAAUCCCAUUUUCUUAAGAAUGUCAGAACUGCUCGAUGCCAAGCCACAUUGCCUCUUCUAAAGGCAGCCAAGCGAGUCAUCUUGCUGUCAGGAACGCCUGCCAUGUCACGCCCCGCAGAGCUGUAUACUCAGAUCGCAGCUGUUCGACCGUCUUUCUUCCCACAGUUCCAAGCAUUCGCACUCCGCUACUGUGACGCCAAGAAGAGGCCGUGGGGAUGGGACUAUUCUGGAUCAUCCAAUCUUGGUGAGCUGAAGCUUCUCCUGGAGGAAUCCAUCAUGAUCCGCCGCCUGAAGACAGAAGUGCUUUCCCAGCUCCCUGCAAAGCAGCGCAGAGUGGUGGUGGUGGCGGCACCGGAAGGCAUCAAUGCAAGGACCAAGGCUGAACUGGCAGCAGCUGCAAAGCGAAUGGCGAGGGGCUACAAGAGUAAACAAGAAGAGAAGGAAGCCCUCAUUCUCUUUUAUAACAGGACUGCAGAAGCCAAAAUCCGCUCAAUCAUAGACUACAUCCUAGAUUUAUUGGAAAGUGGAAGAGAAAAAUUUCUGGUGUUUGCUCAUCACAAACUAAUUCUGGAUGCAAUUAGUGAGGAGCUGCAUAAAAAGCACACUGGGUACAUUCGCAUUGAUGGCUCCACAUCCUCGGCUGAUCGUCAGUCUUUGUGCCAAGAGUUUCAGUUCUCUGAGAAGUAUUCUGUGGCUGUCCUCUCUCUAACAGCAGCUAACAUGGGACUCACCUUCUCCUCUGCUAAUUUGGUUGUGUUUGCAGAGCUGUUCUGGAACCCUGGGAUUUUGAUACAAGCAGAAGAUCGGGCACACCGAAUUGGGCAAACGAGCUCUGUUGAUAUCCAUUACUUGGUAGCAAAAGGCACAGCUGAUGACUACUUAUGGCCUAUGAUUCAAGAGAAGAUCAAAGUGUUGGGUGAAGCUGGCCUUUCCGAAGCCAAUUUCUCUGAGACAGCCGAAGCCACAGAUUAUUUCUACAAGCAUAAUCCAAAGCAGCAGACCAUAUUAAGCCUUUUCCAGAGGAACUUCUCUGAAGAUGUAGAUGGCAUGGAUGAAGUCCUGCUUGCAGAAGCUAUGGACGAUUCAGAAGACUCUGGGCCACAGCCUUCCUUGGGGAAAGUAAGGGAGCUCCUCCCAAGAAGCCCACACAAGCAGCAUCGGAUCGAUGAUUAUUUUUGCAGCCAGUAAUGUGCUAGUUUAACUUGUAUUCAAUUGAUUAAGAUAUUGGUAUCCAAACAGAAGGAAGAAUAAUUGUAUUAGCUAAUGAAAUCCUUGUUUGAGAAAAUAAACUUAAUAGCUAUCAUUUUUAAAAUUCCAUGCAUGUGUGAUUUAUUUAUUUAU